CACACUGAAUCCUUUUUUCCCAAUCCAGUCGCAACUUGUUACCUCCAGCUGUGUGCAGCCUUGUAACUCCUGCAGCCCCUGCGUUUGCAACUAGCUGGUUUCUAACACUCCUACUCUGGAGUACGACGUCUCGGUCGCAAAGAAAGAGAAUUAAGACAGCUUUAUUAGGUCUCCAGUGCCCCCAGUUCACGAUAGCAUCGGUAAUUCACGACCUCGCCGUUUAACACUAACAGUUGAGCGGACGGCGCGCAAGACAAGAGCCCCGGAGAUUUCCAUUAAUGUGCUAAGUUGCAAGCUUAAUAUUUUCGAUGCUGAGCAUUGAUAUUUUCUGAGAUCUCUUCUCAAAACUUGCCUACGGAAUAUGGGUAGGGUAUCUGACUAUGUGUCCCGGAAAUCGGGUUCGUUUCCCAACUUCAUGGCUCGAAAAAGCGAGGCCUACCUACCAAUAUCCACGAAGCCACAGUCCAAAUUCAGGGUCAAAGCUUUACUCGGUAAUUGUCUUUAUCGGAGAGUAGUUAUAUGGACUUUCCUUGUUAUUGCCCUGUUGUCAUUCACCCUAUUUAACCCUGGACUAGCUGGAAGGCCACGGGAUGUACUUGAUCUAGUACAUGGGAGUAUAAAUGGGGUUAAUGGAGCUCCUCAAGCCACCGACAAUGUAAUCCUGCAAACACAGGAUAGUCAAGAUGAUGUCCAUAUACAAGACCCGGUAGAAGAGGAAAAGGAGCCAGUCGAGGAGAUGCAGGAGCAAGAAGAAGAGAAGGAAGAAGAAAAUCCAGAGGAUGAAAAGGAAGAGGAAACUGAAGAGAACGCCAACAGUCCGCAUUGGCUCAGAUACAAGCAUCUCGACGGUUAUUACAACGGUCUGAGGUCGCUUGUGUCAUUCUCGGACUACAAGCCAGAGUACCCUGAAGUAUCGUCUCCAGACAGAGCAUCUGAACCUUCACCUACUGUUCACCAUUCUAAGCAACCCAAGCCUAGUGUAUAUCGUCCUCAUCCAGACUAUGAUUCCGACGAGUAUCAGAAGACAUAUGUUCCUGUGAAGCGAUGUUACAUUGACGAGGAUGAUAAGAUUCCCGCUCCCGACUUGUACGCAUACAGCGGUGUCCCUCAAGGUCAACCUAAAGCAGCUCUUGGGUCUUACGAUCUCCUAGGUUUGCGAGAAGAUGUCUGCUUCGAUCGCUUUAGCCGGUACGGACCAUAUGGCCUUGGAUAUGACUUGGAAGCUGGCGGGACGGGUGAAGCCCUCGACACCGAGCACGAGGGUAGCGAGGCGGUCUGGGAGAAGACCGGACAGAUCAACUAUGAAGGCGUCGAUUGGGGCUCAGCGCAAGAGCGUUGCUAUGCGGCGAAUGAGGACAGGUUUUUCUCUGGUAACGAAACUAGAGAUUUCGAACUGGCUCAAGCUGGUCGUAAGAGACUCGAUCGCAUUGCUAUAGUUGUGCGAACUUACGUCGGAUUCCAGUGGACAAGUCACGCUUUACUCAAUUUCCGUGCCAUGAUCAAUGAGCUUAGCCUACGAUCUGGUGGUGAGUAUGAUGUUCAUUUUCUUUUACAUGUUCGCGACAACAAUGCGCCUAUCUGGGCGGAUCCAACCACGGUCCAGAACAUCCUCGAUAUCAACGUCCCUCCCGAGUUCCACGGACUCUGUACUCUCUGGUCUGAAGCUCAGAUGAAGCUGUACUAUCCGGGUAACUUUGGCGAUACCUUCGAAAACCCAUCCAACGGUGAUAUUCAUGGAGUUUACCGAUCUGCACACAUGCCGCUUCAGCAUUUUGCGAUGAUGCAUCCUGAGUAUGCCCACUUCUGGAACUGGGAGAUGGAUAUGCGCUGGACCGGGUCGUAUUACGAGUUAUUCGACAGGCUUGGCAAAUGGGGUGCGGACCAGAGCCGAGAAGGUAUGUGGGAACGGGCAAGCAAGUAUUAUAUUCCAGGAUUGCACGGCAACUGGGAGAACUUCACGGAGCUCGUCCGCCAUGAAACUAAACAAUCUGGAAAGCGACCGAUUCUGGGUCCGGUGGUUUUCACUGGCAAAUCUGGCCUCGAACAAGGAGAGGUAUUCCUACCAUCGAGCUGUUCGAGCGGAUCAGAUAUGUCGCAAUGUGGAGUUGGCGAGGACGCGGACCUCAUCACACUUAACCCGCUUUUUGAUACUGAGAACUCUGGUUGGGUGUUCGCAGGGGAUGUGACGGGCUACGACAUGCAGUACGAGAAGCCUCCGCGAAGGUGCGCUAUUGUAACUGCUUCCCGACUGUCGCGUCGUCUGUUAAGAGUGAUGCAUGAGGAAACAUGGCGUCUACACCAUAGUAUGUUUAGCGAGAUGUUCCCGCCUUCGAUGGCAUUGCACCAUGGUCUCAAAGCCGUAUAUGCUCCCCACCCGGUUUACUUGGACCGAAAGUGGCCCCAGGAGGAGAUUGAAAAGGCUUUCAAUGGUGGCCAAGACCACACUUCAGGCGGCCAUGGUUCCCCAUUCGAUCUAACAAACGAGCAUAACCAUAAGGGGACGAGCUGGUACUACAAUAGUGAGUUCGCCGGUUUGUUGUGGCGUCGCUGGCUUGGUUAUGCUCAGAUGGAUGGCAGAGGCAAUAACGGUGGUCGUGCCGGCGAAGGUACCAAGAGAGGCGGACGGAAGGAGGAAGAGAACCCAAAGAACUCUGGCCGACUAUGCCUACGGAGCAUGCUCGUACAUCCCAUCAAGUGGGAAAACCCUGCCGAGCAGGAGUAAAACUAAUAAUAAUGUGAGGGAUGCCCGGUUUCUUUUUUGUGCGAGUAGAGGAACUUGUCGAUGUACGACAACAGUCAACCGAACGGAAAUAUAGAAUGAGGCUACCGGAAUUAGGACAUCAGAGGAGCAAAGACCUACGAAGAACCAUUCAUCAUGCCUGGUACAGGGUACCACGAGCAACGGCAUUUUACGGGCGUUCGCAUAUGAGGAGUCCGGUUUUUCAAUUUCACUGCUUCCAUUGUCAUUUAGUCGGUGUCACCAGGCUUCUUGCCCGAGAGCAGAACUCGACCCCGUUUGAGCAAGACACCCGCCAUAUUGUUUUUUUGGGUUCGGCGCAUAGCCCAUUUUGUACAUUCAUACGACACCAGUACCAAGCAUGGCCCAUUUCCGCGAACCUAUUAUAGUCGAGGCCAGAAGCUAGGAGGAACCUACACGGCGCGGAGUUAAGUGUCUAACUUGGCGGAGAUGUGUAGUUGCUCAAUGUAUGUAUAUAAUGUAAUAUCAGAAAAGAGC